CACCUGAAAAAGAAGAACCAUAAAUUAUCACCCGCUGAGAAGGUUUCCAAAAAUCAUCACUUAUUUAUAUUAUUUAUAUAUAAAUGAGUUUUUAAUCCAAAGAAGGAAGAAGUAGACAUUUCGUCUAUUUUCUACAAAAAAAUCUCAGAGAUUUACAAGAUUUCCAGAGGUUAGUUCGAGAGGAAGGCUAUCAGUUUGUUUAAGCGAAGCGAGGGAUUUAUUUUUUCGAACCGGGUCAACCCAACAAUUUGCAAUUAUCCGAAAAUCCUAAUGAGUUCUGUCGAAAUGAAUAAACCUAAAAUCUUAAUUACACGACCGGACAUACCUGUUGCAGGCUUAUCUUUACUGCAUCAACGAUAUCAGACCAUGUUAUGGGAUAAACCUGGACCGAUACCACGAUCACAAUUAUUAUCUAGAAUCCGUGGAGUAGAUGCUCUGUAUUGUGUGCUAACGGAUAAGAUAGACGAUGAGGUUUUGACAGCUGCAGGUUCACAAUUGAAAGUUGUGGCAUCUAUGUCAGUAGGCGUCGAUCACCUAGAUUUAAACGCCUUAAAGAGAAGAAAUAUCAGAGUCGGUUAUACUCCUGAUGUUCUGACUGAAGCAACUGCAGAACUGAUAGUAGGUCUUUUAUUAGCCACAUCGAGAAAUUUAUUGCAAGCGAAUAAAGCAAUUUACAAGGGCGAGUGGAAAACCUGGUCACCGAGAUGGAUGUGUGGUACAGGGUUGUCAGGGAAAACUGUAGGAAUUGUCGGUUUGGGUAGAAUUGGCCUCAGGGUUGCAGAGCUGCUCAAAAACUUCAACACUGCUAAAAUGUUGUAUACGAGCAGAGCAAUCAAACCGGAAGCGUCCAAAUUCGGUGGUGAAAAAGUUGAAUUUGACAUAUUACUCAAGAACAGUGACUUUGUCAUAGUGACUGUAGCUCUGACACCAGAAACGAAACAUAUGUUUAACACUGAGGCUUUCAAGCAAAUGAAAGAAACGGCUAUAUUCGUGAACGGUAGUCGCGGAGACAUAGUGGAUCAAGAAGCGCUGAUAAACGCUUUGAAGAAUGGCACAAUUGCAGCAGCUGGUUUAGACGUUGUAACACCAGAACCAAUACCAUUAGAUCAUGAACUUUUAAAAUUAGAUAAUUGUGUGGUUCUACCUCACAUAGGAAGUGCUACCAUAGAGACUAGAGAUGAAAUGGCCAGAAUUACAGCGAAAAAUAUUAUAGCUGUCCUAGAAGGAACGCCUGAAAAUAUGCCUGCACAACUUAAUUUAAUAUAGCUAUAUACAUUAUUAAUAUGAAUGGAAUGUAUAAUCUUGAUUUUUAAUAAUCAUAUUGUGAUAUAUAUUUAUAGGUCAGAAUAGAGAAUCAAUGAUAAACUUAUAUGACUUAUAUAUUUAAUAAUUUAGAAUUUAUAUAAUUUUUAUUUACAGAUAUAUAUAUACUGAAGAAAUUAGUCUUUUACAAAGAGUACAAAUUAAUAUAUUAAUUUACAUACAAAUUAUAUUAAUAAAUUAAUGUAUAUUUGCAAUAAAAAGGGUAGUAAAUAUACAUAUAUAUGUACAU